UUCAUACCAUUUUUAUAUUUUUCCUGUUACAUUAUUUUGGAAACUCCAAGUACCACAAAAUGAAAAUUGGCAUAUAUAUAUCAUAGAUAAUUAAUACUAAGAAGACAAAAACUAACUAUAUAUAGAUUCACAACCGAGUGAGAAUUGGACAGCUCAAAAGAAGAAAUUAACAAUGAGCUCUCAGCAGCCAUUGCUAGAAAGCUUCAAGUCAGGGCAUGAAGGAGUGAACUCAGAGCUUGAAGAAAUACUAACAGAUACAGAAACAUCGAGUUUUACAAGAAUCCAAUUAGCCUCAUGGGUUGAACUGAAAUUGCUAUUCCGGAUUGCAGGUCCUGCGGUGAUAGUUUAUUUGCUCAAUAAUGUGGUCUCCAUGUCCACACAAAUAUUUGUGGGCCAUCUUGGAAAUCUUGAGCUUGCUGCUGUCUCUCUUGGAAACACUGGCAUCCAAAUCUUUGCCUAUGGUCUACUGCUUGGAAUGGGAAGUGCAGUGGAAACCCUUUGUGGGCAAGCAUAUGGAGCACACAAAUACGAAAUGCUAGGCAUUUAUCUCCAAAGAUCAACAGUUCUUCUAAUGGCAGCAAGCAUCCCUCUAACUCUGCUUUAUGUCUUCUCCAAACCCUUAUUAAUCUUACUAGGCGAACCAAACGACAUAGCGUCUGCUGCUGCGCUUUUCGUUUACGGGCUGAUCCCUCAAAUUUUCGCUUAUGCCGCUAACUUUCCCAUACAAAAAUUCUUACAAGCACAAAGCAUAGUCAACCCAAGUGCGUACAUAGCACUGGCUACGCUUUUUGUGCACUUGUUCAUUACAUGGCUAGGAGUGUUCAAGCUCAACUGGGGCUUGUUGGGCGCAUCAUUAAUACUGAGUUUUUCUUGGUGGGUGAUUGUGUUGGCUCAGUUUGCUUACAUUGUAAUGAGCAAAAGGUGUAAGAAAACAUGGUCUGGUUUUAGCAUUCAGGCUUUUUUUGGUCUUUGGGGUUUCUUUAAAUUGUCAGCAGCAUCCGCUAUCAUGUUGUGUUUGGAGACUUGGUACUAUCAAGUUUUGGUGUUGAUUGCUGGGUUGCUUCCAAAUCCACAGAUUGCCUUGGAUUCUCUCUCUGUCUGCAUGACGAUAAGUGGAUGGGUUUAUAUGAUUUCAGUUGGAUUUAACGCUGCUGCUAGUGUGAGAGUGAGCAAUGAGUUAGGAGCAGGACAUCCAAAAUCAGCAGCAUUUUCAGUUAUAGUGGUGACAACAUCUUCUUUCCUUAUUUCUGUAGUUGCAGCCAUCAUUGUGAUGGCACUCCGUAACUACCUCAGCUACGCUUUCACAGAAGGCGAAGUUGUUUCUAAAGCAGUGGCCGAUCUGAGUCCCUUCUUGGCUCUUACUCUAAUCCUCAAUGGCAUUCAGCCUGUUUUAUCUGGGGUGGCUGUUGGAUGUGGAUGGCAAGCAUUUGUGGCGUAUGUAAAUGUUGGGUGUUAUUACCUGGUUGGAGUCCCAGUAGGGGUUCUUCUUGGCUUCAAGUUCAAUCUGGGUACCAAGGGAUUAUGGUCUGGAAUGAUUGGAGGCACGUUCCUGCAAACUAUUAUUCUGAUAUGGGUUACAUAUCGAACAAAUUGGAAUCAUCAGGUGGAGAAAGCAAAUGAUAGGUUGAAGAAAUGGCAAGACAGAAAGGAGUCCCUUCAGGAGAGCUAGAGUACUAAUAUUCAUUUCUUGUGUAGAGCUGUUUCCAUGAAGAAUUUGUUCAAAAAAUGUGGAAAAAUUCAUUUCAAUUCAUAUUUUUGGAAUAUAUUUUGAAAGGAUAGUUUAUAAUAAAUAUUUAAAAUUUGAAUUCUUAGCAGAAGAAGAGCAGAAGGUUGACAAAGGAUCGUCUUCUUCUUUCUUGAUAGAAAUUAGAAAGUUCGAAUGCUGUAUUGCGACAGACUACAAAUAAUGUUGAUGCGUGUGUUGACUUGUAAAAUAUGGGAUAAGGCCCACUGGCCCACCAUUUGUCGAACCACGCGGCCUGCUAUUUGUUGGUAGGAUCAUAUUUCAGUAGGAUUUCGUGAUCUAAUAAGAAUCCACUCAUUCACUCAUUCAUUUGCUUUUUCUCAA